GCGGCGCGGUGCCUGCCCGGUCUCCGCGGGCUGCAGCGGCGGCACCGAGUUAAACGCUCCCCCCUCCCCAAAACCAGCCCCGGGGCCGCCCCCGCCCCUCCCGCGCUGAGGGCGCGUUGCGGGCGGAGGGCGCCCCCUGGCGGCGCGGCCACUCCCGCCGCCGCUCCAAGAUGGCGCAGGCGAUCUUCGAGGCGCUGGAAGGAAUGGAUAAUCAGACAGUGCUGGCUGUGCAGUCCUUACUGGAUGGUCAAGGAGGUGUGACAGAUCCAUCAGCUCAAAAUGUCAACUCCUCCAGCGCCAUCCAGCCCAUGGACGACGAAGACGUGUUCCUCUGUGGGAAGUGCAAGAAGCAGUUCAACUCUCUGCCUGCCUUCAUGACCCACAAGAGAGAGCAGUGCCAGGGCAGUGCCCCGUCCCUGUCCACAGUGUCUCUGGCCACCAACAGCGCGUACACCCCGUCCAUCACCUCGGUGCCGCAGGCUCCGAGCGCCGGCCGGCAGCAAAUCUCUACAUACAUCACCGUUCCCCCAUCACCUUUGAUCCAGACCCUGGUGCAGGGGAACAUCCUGGUCAGUGAUGAGGUGCUGAUGUCAGCCAUGUCUGCUUUUGCCUCCUUGGACCAGCCCAUGCCAGCGGUGCAGCCCCCGGUGCAGAGCAGCAUGAGUAUGCACGCCGGGGCUGGAUACCUGUCCCAGCCCCCCCCGCCGCCGCCUCCCCCGCCGCCGCCCCCUCCUCAGCCCCCGCCGCCUCCCCCCCCGAGCCUGGGGGCUCCGGGGCAGCCCGGGGGCACCACUGGCGUGGUGGAAGUGUACAGUGCCCCUCCUCCCAUGGCACCAGCCAGCACGGUGGAGAUCCAGACGCUGGGCAUGCAGCCCUACCCGCCCAUGGAGGUACCAAGCCAGUGUGUGGAAAGUCCCGUGUACCCCUCUCCCCCCGUGUACAGCCCUGGGAAGCAGGGGUUCAAGUCCAAGAGCACCAGUGCUCCCACUGCCCUGACCAGCACAGGAGGAGGCCCCAUGGUUGGUUUUGAUUCCCCUGCUGCUGCCAAAACUCGACGCUGCAAAAACGAGAGCGGGCUGCAGGAAGGUAAACCCAAGUCCUCCAAGCUGAAAUGCACUUACUGUGACAAGGCCUUCACCAAGAACUUCGACCUGCAGCAGCACAUCAGAAGCCACACAGGUGAGAAGCCCUUCCAGUGUAUCGUGUGUGGCCGAGCCUUUGCCCAGAAGUCCAACGUGAAGAAGCACAUGCAGACCCACAAAGUGUGGCCUCCAGGGCUGGGCUGCACCAUCUCCCGCAACUCCAUCACAGUGCAGGUCAUGGCCCUGAAUCCCAACCAGCCAGAGGACGAGGAGAACACAGGUUUGCCUCAGCCCUCAAGGAACCCCAUGCUACCACCCCAAGAGCUGAGCCCCUUGGAGGACAGCGAGGCAGGCAAACUGGAGGCCAAGCAGGUUGUCUUGAUAGACAGCUCUUACCAGUGCCAGUUCUGCCCCAGCAAGUUCAACACCUAUUUCCAGCUCAAAUCACACAUGACACAGCACAAGAAUGAGCAGGUGUACAAGUGCGUGGUGAAGACCUGCGCUCAGACCUUCCAGAAGCUGGAGUCCUUCCUUGAGCACAUCAAGAGCCACCAGGAGGAGCUGAGCUACCGCUGCCACCUCUGCAGCAAGGACUUCCCCUCCCUGUACGAGCUGGGCGUCCACCAGUACUCGCACAGCCUGCUGCCCCAGCACAGCCCCAAGAAGGACGUGGCCGUGUACAAGUGUGUGAAGUGUGUCAAUAAAUACUCCACCCCAGAAGCCCUGGAGCACCAUCUGCAGACGGCAACGCACAACUUCCCCUGCCCUCACUGCCAGAAGGUGUUCCCCUGCGAGAGGUACCUGCGCCGCCACAUCCCCACGCACGGCGGGGGCAGCAAGUUCAAGUGCCAGAUCUGCAAGAAGUUCUUCCGUCGGGAGCACUACCUCAAGCUGCACGCCCACAUCCACUCGGAACUGUGGAAUUUGGCCCUGGAGAGCAGGAGCAAUGUGCAGCAUGGAUUGUACCCAUCAGGCAGGGAAGUUUGGGGAAGUUUAUAUUGGGCACAGCCACCAUGGUGGAUCCUGUCCGUGGCUGGAGCAGCCCUGUGUGGCUGGACCAUCCCUGACUCUCGGCCCCUCUUUUGCCCAGGUGAGAAGCCCUUCAAGUGCUCGGUGUGCGACGCCGCCUUCAAUCGCAAGGACAAGCUCAAGCGGCACAUGCUGAUCCACGAGCCCUUCAAGAAGUACAAAUGUCCCUUCUCAAGCCACACGGGCUGCAAUAAAGAGUUCAACAGGCCUGACAAGCUGAAGGCUCACAUUCUGUCCCAUUCAGGGAUGAAGAUCCACAAGUGCCAGUACUGUAACAAGUCCUUCAGCCGCCGCGCCCACAUGGUGGAGCACCAGCGCUCCCACACCGGCAACUACAAGUACCGCUGCCCCACCUGCAGCAAGGGCUUCACGCGCCACAAGUACAUGAAGGACCACAAGUGCCGGCUGGGCUCGCCCAAGGACAAGGACCUGCAGCUCAGGAAGCCCCAGAAGAAGCGGGUGGCCCGGGGGGGGCGCAAGGCGGGCCUGGCCCUGCCCGGGCUGGCCGAGCUGAAGGACGGCGGCGCUGCCGGGGAGAGCCCCCCCGAGGGGGGCCCCGACAAAGAGCCCUUCCAGCAGUCGGACGCCGUCCUGUCCAUCGUGGUUGGGGGGUCGGGAGCUGCCGACUCGGACCUUGUCUCUGGGCAGCCCAGCAGCAUGGCAUCCAACCUGGCCCUGGCAGAGCUGCAGGCGGGCUCGGACGGGCCCUGCACCAUGCUGGCUGUCCCUGUGUACAUCCAGACCACCGAGUGACCGUGCCCAGAGCCACUGUGUGGCUGUUGGACUCGGUGCUCAAAUCUAUCCCAGUGAAAAAGACCAAAGCUCUGGUGGGGAGGUAGAUGGAUAUGGGAGAGGAUGGCUUUCAUCUCCGCUGAGUCUUCCCAUCCUCGAGCAGAGGACUGCUUGGAAGCCACUGGUGGCUACGAGGCACUGAAGAGGGUGGCUCCAUUAUUUCUUGUCCCUCUGCAUCACCGGUCUGCUUAGGGCAAGAAAGACAAAGAUCCCUGAAUCAGGGUAAGAAGAAGGAGCGUGCAAACCUGCAACACACAGAGCUGCUGAAAUCUGGUGGCUUUGCAAAUCACAGCCUGUCCCAUCUGUGGUUUUUCUGGCCUAAAAGCUGUAUUGCCCAGUAUUUGGGUGGCCCUUCUGAGAGCAAGCAAUUGAUCCUUCCUAGUGGAAGCGAGUUCAUCCUGAGAUCCUUUGGGAACACUGUUCAGAAAUACCCUGGUAGACUUGUGUCUGGUAUCUUCUCUCUGUGUCUCUCAGUAGAAAGAUCACCGUGUCUGUACCACAGGAGUUAUAAACACCCUGGGCCUCA